GACAGCUCCGCUUAAGAGAGAGAGAUACACACACACACACCGUAGCAUUGAAAUGGUGGUUUGAGCGAGAGGAGAGCGGGAGUUUGGAUACCCCGCCUUGUUUGGCGUCAGGCCGAAUCCGUGUGUUUGUUUUAUUGCUCCGUAAACGCCAUGUGCUUUUAACUUAGUAUUUGGAAUGAAAACAUCCGCUCACCACUAAUGCACAGAACGCACUGUUAAUUUUGCGAAUUAUCGCGAGGACUGCUGGACACAGGUGUUCUGUGGUGGGCAGCUCUUCUGCAAGGUAUUUGCCUAUGAGGACGUCAAACAACAGAACCCUUCAAACAAGCACGGUGGUGGUGGGAACGGGCGAUGGUGGCACACAUGACUGCUUUUGGGAGCUCAGCUGAUAAUUUCAAAGAUGGUAAUGGAGAUGUUUUGCUGCAAGACGAGAAAGCAGAUGCUUUGACUGCAAAUGUAACCAAUGCCUCAGACAGUACGGAAGAUAGCACAGAGGAAGAGGACUCAGCAAAUGAGAGCUCCACUGAGAACAACGACACUGAAAAUGAAUCUGAUCCUUCAAGUUCCAGUCAAGAACCGGAUCCACCUCCUAAACCAGAAACAGAAAAGCAUGAUGGAGGUGCCUUACCAAAGACCAGCUGUUCUAAAUGUGAAGCCAUUCAGCAGAACGAAGGCUACAAUUCUGUAACUCCAAGAAAUAUCUCUCGGGGACGGUACCUAUUGCUCUUGGAGGAUGAGGGUACUUACCAGUGUUCUAUCACUGGCCUGGUGUUUGAAGUCUCUCAGAAGGUGCAAAUCCAGUAUUCCAUCUUGUCUUGGACCAAGUACGGGAUGUUUCUCAAAGAUUCUUGGAAGCUUGCUGGGCCUAUCUUUGAUGUGGACUGUGAUCCGUCCAUCCUAAAAUCCAUCCACUUCCCUCAUUCCCUUUGUUUGGCUGACCCGACAAGUGAGCUGACCUUUGGCAUCUUGCAUAUAAAGAAUCGACGUCCCAUCUUUGAGCCGUCAACUGACCACUCUGGGAGCCACAUUAAGUGGACAGUAACGUCUCUCUCCCCUGUGGGCACCGUCGUAAAGACAUCGCAGCCGACCGAACACCACGGAGUGGUCCUGGUGUACAAGGAGGUGGCCAAACGUCCUUCUUGCUCUUUCCGCAUUUACCUGGCUACCAACAACCAGUCUGACAUAAAUGACAUCAAGAAAGUGGUGCAGAGGUCUAAUAAAAAGUAUGUGAAAAUCGAGAAGCCUCCCACAUGUCAGAGGCUGCUGCAAGACGGGAAGACCUAUCGGCUAACAAGCGAGCCGGAGGCCGAGAUUGGUCCUAAGGAGCUGCAGUUCUCGCAGGAGGUGGUCAUGUUGAAGGGCUAUUUUGAAGUGUUUUUUGAGCAGUCGCCGCCCUUCGAGCUGUCGCUCAUUGAGGUGGACUCUGAACAAACGGUGUGGACUGCCAAGCUCCGAGAGGGUGACUGUGAGGACAAUGCUACUGAAAAACCUCGGAAAAGUAGUCAAAAACGGAAGAGAAGUAGGAGUACUUCAGAUGAAGACCUAUCCAACAAAAAGUCAAAGGGGAAAGACAUGGCCGACAUCACAGAUCAGCAGCUGAUGAUGGUGGCCAGGAAGAUGGGCAAGGAAUGGCAGCAGGUGGCCAUCCUUCAUCUGGACCUGAAGUUACAGGACCUCGAAAAGCUGCCGGAUGAGGAUCUCACCAUGCGCAAGUUCAAGAUGCUGGAUCUGUGGCGGCGGAAGGUCAAAGGUGGAGCCAGUGCCCCUCUACUGUAUGAGGCCCUCAAUAAAGAGGACGUACCCAAUGAGGUUCGGGAUGUCCUUGAAGAAAUAAUUGCAUCAUGAUCCCUCAAGAAUGAGCUCACAGUGAAACCAGAAGCACUUCUCAAAUAUUCCGUCUUGGGAAACAUGGGACGUACUGUAAAGGAAUUGAUCAGUCAUCAGAGUAGUUUGGGUGACACACUGUGUGGGCCUAGGACAUGUGGAUGCAGUGGCUGUCCUCCUCUACUGAUUCAUCUUGGAUUUCUUUUUGGGGGUGGGAGGGUGGCAAGUGAAAUGUGACACUUUGUGGAUGCUUAAACUGUGAAAUAUACUUCAGGAAUCCAGUGAAUGAUUCUGUAGUUUACAAACUAACUGGCCAGUUGUGCAUGCCUGUUUAUGUGCCCUGUGACAGCCACUUUCCACUUAAACUCUGAAUGCAGAAUGCCGGAAAAAAGCCAAAAAGGGGGCUCACACAUGCCUUAGUAGAAAUUCUGUAAUGUACUGUAACUUGCUACUCUGUUUGUCAGACGUGUAUUAUGUAUGGGUUUUAGUCACUAAAAUAUGAUUUUGUAGAAUAGCAUCACUUGUACAUUCCUUAGUUUGGACCUUCUUCGUUGUUCCCGAAGUACUGAUGGCACAAAUCCAUGCUGUGAGCUGUUGCCUGUCAGUGGCUUUUGGUGAAGUAGCAUAAACUUGAUAUAAAGAGCUUUUGGACUUUUUUAGGCCAGAAUUUUAGGAAAGAAAAUUUGCUUUUUUGUGUUUUUUUUUUUUUUUUUUUAAAUUUCCUACAGAAAAAAUAGAAAACACCUUGCCACCUUGCACUAUUUAAAGACUAAAUAGUCUCAUAUACAGAUGCUUUCCAAAUACGGCGAGCUGUACUGUACAUGAUGCUUUUUAAAUUUGCUGUAAGGAAGUUUUACAGUUUUCUGGGGUGUCUUGAUUGAAAUAAAUAACCUGAAGUUGACAAAACACAA